AUGGAUCGCUGGUGCAGGAUUGUUCCUUUCAUGACGCUGGCCUUUCAGGCCUUGAUAUCAACGACGACAGCACAGGCGAGUGACGGUGAAGAGUUUGCUUAUGCCGAUGACGGCCCUAACUAUCGCGUACUGGGUUGUGCUCCCUCUGCGAGUUACAGCUCAUCCACCACGUACAGUGAUGAUCUGAAAACGUAUGGGUUCUGCUACAUCCCCGGAGAGGGAUAUCAUGAAGUCGACACAUCAUGCCGUGGAAGCACCGUCUACUACACCGGGUGGACAUCAGGUGCUGCUAACCCAUCUGGAUCUUAUACUUGCCUCACUGGCUCUUGCGUCACAGCGACCAUCUAUGCGUCCUACACUGAAGGGUUUAUAUCAUCGCGCGCAUACCAUAUUUACUGCGCUACCAGAGAGCCCAUGUCUAGCUAUUUUAUGGAGCACCCGUCGGACUGGACGACGGCGAGUUCCACCAGCUCCCGCGAACCGAUAACAGUCACAAUUACCGAUCCUAACCCAACGUUCCCAGUAUCCACGAUCCCCUCUGCAAGCUCAAUAGAUGAGAGCGAUUCAGAAACCCAAACCGAUGACACGAGGCCAAGUGAAACAGGAAAGGGCGGACCUAGGCCAGGCGUUAUCGCCGGCGCGGUGGUCGGAGCCCUCGCUGGCGUCGCUCUGAUUGCCGGUGCCCUAAUACUCGGUUUCCGCAUGGGAAGGCGACAUCCUCAGCUAGAUAGCCAAGAGUCGGGGCCGAAGAGGAGCUUCAGGGAUACCAUGAGCUCCCUUCCACGACCAACUAUUGCGUGGAGUCGCCCCAACGCCAAAAGGACCCCCGAAAGCGACAUACAGAACGACGUUUCCGUCCUCCAGGUGGGUUUCUCAGAUGAUACAGCUGCGAAGAGGGCAUCCGAGCUGCCGAGUCCGGCACCUCAAAGUCCGGUGAACCAAGCAGAAAGCAUUCCACCGCCCAUCAGCCCCUAG